AUGAGGCAGCAUAUGGCGAGAUACCUGGCGGAGCAACGGAGCUUGAUGCGACGGGGAUAUUAUGCCUCGGUGUCCCGGAGCCAGCGACGAGCGAAUCGGCUCUCGCAGGAUGGCGAAGGACAACGGAGGGAGGCGUCCCCUGAGCUGCAGCUCCUUGCGUCCCCACUGAUCCCAUCGGAAGGGUCAGUGGGAGCCACGGUGUCGCCGCUGGUGUCUCCUGGGGCCAGCGAAGCCGACAGCGACGUGGUGGUGACAAGCUGGGAGCCCGGCCCCAAGAAGGCGCGACCAGUAGCGAGGCGGCCAGCGAAGCGGCCAGCGAAGCGGCCCUCAGCAGAGGCGGAGGCGCGACCAGUGGCGAGGCGGCCAGCGAAGCGGCCCUCAGCAGAGGCGGAGGCGCGACCAGUGGCGAGUCGGCCAGCGAAGCAGCCCUCAGCAGAAGCGGAGGAGCGACCGACGGUGGCACGGCCACCGGCAGACGCCGAGGAGCGGGAGGCCGAGGAGAAGCGGGUCGCGGAGUGGCGGCGGCGGAUCGCGCUGGAAGCAGCAAAGGAGGCGCUGCGACAGCAGCGGGUCUGGGAGGACGCGCGGGCGCUGGCAAAGAGGCUGAAGGCCACGCAGGAGGCGGAGCAGGCGGCCGAGGAGGCCAAGGAAAAGGCCCGGCAGGAGGCGGAGGAGCACCACCGGAAGUGUGUGCUGGAAAAGGUGGCGGCCGAAUUGCGAGAGAGCGAGCGACGGAGGGCAGAGGAGAAGAGCCGCGAGGAAGAGGCAAGGCGGUGCACAGAGGAGGAGGAGGGUCGGUGGCAGUCGUCCCCUCCGACGCCGGGACCCGAGAGCCGAGGCCCGGCCACGGCAGAAGAAGAGUGGCAGGAGCGGCUACGUCGGGCGGAAGAGGAGGAGGAGGGCCUGUGGCAGCCUUCCCCUACAACGCCGGAGCCCGAAGACCGUGGCCAGGCCGAGCCGGAGGAGGAGGAGGAGCUGUGGCAGCGACGACCGCGGACCGAGGAGGAGGCGAGGUUUCCCGAAGGAGGAAGGGGGCCCCAAGCCUCGUCCCAGCAACAGCGGCCGGGAGCGGACGCCUCGUGGCAGCAGCAGCAACACCAGUGGCAGGGACCACAAGGCGCGGUGAUCGGGCCGUACGUAACGCAGGAGGUGCGGACGGCGGUCCGGGGAGGAAUGAAGCGCGGGUCUGGAGGAGACGCCAGUCCGACGGAGCAAUGGCCGCGACCCAAGGGGGCGGUCGGCGGCAGCGGAGCCAGCAGCGGAACCGGCAGCGGCGAGCACGACGACAGAGUCGGCGGCGGCAGCGGAGCCAGCAGCGGAACCGGCAGCGGCGAGCGCGACGACAGAGACGGCGGCGGCAGCGGAGCCCAAUGUGGAACCAGCAACGCCGGGCGCGACGGCAAAGUCGGCGGCGGCAGCGGAGCCGGCAGUGGAACCAGCAACGCAAAACGCGGCGGCAAAGUCGGCGGCGGCAGCGGAGCCCGCGGGGGAACCGAAGGAGGCCACGGCGGUAGCAGAGCCAGCAGCGGAACCAGCAACGGCGAGCGCAGCGGCAAACGCGACGGCGAAGUCGGCGGCGGCAGCGGAGCCCACGAUGGAACCAGCAGAGGCGACGGCGGCAGAGGAGCCAACGACGCCAAGCGCGACGGCAGCGGAACCAGCAGCGCCGGGCGCAGCGGCAGAGUCGGCGGCGGCAGAGACAGCGGAGCCAGCAACGGCGAGCGCAGCGGCAGAGGCGAUGGCGGCAGCGGAGCCAGCGACGGCAAGCGCAGCGACGACGGCAGCGAAGGCGGCAGCGGAGCCAGCCGCGAGCACGGCGGGAGUUUGCUCACCUGA